AUGUCAGGCUUCUAUCCUCACCAAGGCCAACGAGCCAUGGAUAACGGAAUGGACGAGGAGUUGGCCCGUCAAUACUACACCUGUAUGGGAUAUCAAAUAGGAUCUCCCUCCAUGACCUCUCAAUUUCCAACAGCCAUGCUUGAUGCAACGGGCUAUGUGCCUGCCAACUCUGUUUCAUCAUCUGACUAUCAUGGCUCGCAGUCAGGAAGACAUUAUCAAAACCCCUAUACAAUGUCUUCCCACCCUACCGCAACCAUGCAAGAAUACCACUCUCAUCAGUUGAUGGCGUCUUCACCUCCAUCAUACCCUGGCUACAUACCUGAAUCAGCAUAUCAAACCUCCAUGCCCUAUCCGCAUGCCCAACACGACGAGUACCUACUGCAAGAUCACGCUCUACGCCGCCAGAUAUCACCCUCCGACGCCCAAGACCUCGAGGAAUACGGCAUACAGGACCCAUCAACCGGAACCUGGCGCUGCCGCUACCCCGGUUGUACAUCAAAAGCUGUCUUCACGCGCGCGUGUGACUUGCGCAAACAUUUCAAUCGACACAAGAAACAUCUCUUUUGCCGCUUUGAUGGUUGCCCGCAGGCAACUGAUGGUGGGUUCUCGAGUAAGAAAGAUCGUGCGAGGCAUGAGGCGAAGCAUAACCCGCAAAUUCCGUGUGAGUGGGAGGGGUGUGAUCGUGUGUUUAGUAGGGUGGAUAAUAUGAAGGAUCAUGUUAGGAGGAUUCAUGUUAGGGGGAGUCGGUAA